AUGGUAGGAGCUGGUGGUAUUGGCUGCGAACUUCUGAAGAACCUCGUCCUCAACGGCUUCGGCGAAAUACACGUAGUUGAUCUCGACACAAUCGACUUGAGCAACCUCAACCGACAAUUCCUCUUCCGACAUGAGCAUAUCAAAAAGUCAAAGGCCAUGGUAGCCGCCGAGGUGGCGCAAAAGUUCAACCCCAGGGUGAAGAUCGUGCCUCAUCACGCCAAUAUCAAAGAUGCCGAAUUCAACCUAAGGUGGUUCCGCGGAUUCACCUUGGUUCUCAAUGCGCUCGACAACUUUGAAGCUCGGCGGCAUGUGAACCGUAUGUGCUUGGCCGCCAACGUGCCCUUGAUCGAGAGUGGAACAACAGGCUUCAAGGGUCAGGUCCAGGUCAUCAAGAAAGGCGUUACAGCAUGCUACGACUGCACAGCAAAGCCUAUCGCGAAGUCCUUCCCCGUCUGCACGAUUCGGAGCACUCCCAGUCAGCCCAUUCAUUGCAUCGUCUGGGGCAAGAGCUACCUUUUGAGCGAGAUCUUUGGCCAGAGCGAGGACGAGUCUACCUACGACCAUUCGGCCGACGCUGAUAACAAGGAGGAGAUCGAGGAGCUCAAGAAGGAGGCUGAAGCCCUGAGGUUGAUUCGUGAAUCUCUGGGCACAGAAGCCUUCCCUGAACUGCUCUUCAACAAGGUCUUCAAUGCGGACAUUGUGAGGCUGUUGUCCAUGGAGGACAUGUGGAAAUCCCGCAGGAAGCCUGAGCCGCUUGAUUACGCGACGUUGAUGGGAAAGGCUGCGGAAGCUCUGGCCUCGAAGGAAGAGAUUCUGCGCGACGACCAGCGGGUUUGGUCACUUGAGGAGAAUCUUGCCGUGUUCAAUGACAGCCUCGAUCGUCUGAGCAAGCGUCUGCUCGAGCUCAAGGCUGCUCACCAGAACGCAUCCGGACCAGAGCCUGUCAUCACGUUUGACAAGGACGAUGAGGACACUCUGGACUUUGUGGCGGCGGCGGCAAACAUCCGAUCGAGCAUCUUCGGCAUUGGUGGCAAGUCACGAUUCGACAUCAAGGAGAUGGCUGGCAACAUCAUCCCUGCCAUUGCGACAACGAACGCCAUCGUCGCUGGCCUUUGCGUUUUGCAGUCGUUCAAGGUGCUGAAGGGCGACUAUAACCACACAAAGGAACUCUUCCUGGCACCGAGCAAUGACCGCCGCCUCAUUGAGGGAACCUCGUUCCAACCACCAAAUUCAUUGUGCCCAGUGUGCAGCGUCUUCCAAGUCAGCGCUUUCGUUGACUUUACGAAGGCCACGCUGAAGGACCUGGUUGAAGACUUCGUCAAGGUGGAGCUGGGUUAUGGUGACAAGGAAUUUGCUGUGAGCAACGAGAUUGGGCCUCUAUACGAUCCUGAGGAGACAGAGAAUCUCCCUAAGAAGCUCAGCGAUCUGGGUGUCAAGGCCGAUUCCUUCUUGACCGUUACUGAUGAGGAUGACGAUGACACAUUCGUCAACGUAGUCAUUAACAUUGAGGAGACGUAUGGCCACACCAACCACCUUCUGACUUCGUUGCUAACAUUGAGUAGCACCAACUCGACACAAGACAAGCCUGUCAAGGGUCUUAUUAUUGAUCAAGACCCGAAGAUUCCUCGGAAACCCAAGACGGCAGCACCUGCUCCCGAGAUCAGCGUCGUCAAUGGGUUGAGCAACACCAAUGGUAAACGGCCGCUAGAAGACAAUUCGGAAGUGUCCAGCAGUAAACGUGCCCGAUCAGAUGACGGAGGUGAUGUCCCAGGGGCAAAGAAGGCCAAGACAUCCGCGGCAACUGAUGAUAUCAUCCUCAUUGAAGAUGAUCCGACCGAAGACGCGACGAUCCUUCUGGAUGACGAUUGA